AUGGUUUCAAGCAGUGAUCCAGCUCAAGCUCUCAUACUCGGGCUUCUUCUUGUACUUUCUGCUUUCAUUCAAUGUUGUUCGAGUUUGCGGGAUAUAAAUGCAUUGCUGCUUGUAAACGCUUCUCAAGGAGCCACAACGAAGAUGCCACAAAAUCUAUUUGGUGUUUCGUUUGAGGAGAUCAACCAUGCUGGUGCAGGUGGAUUGUGGGGUGAGUUGGUAAGCAACAGAGGUUUUGAAUCUGGUGGACAACAUUCUCCUUCCAUUAUUGAUCCUUGGUCAAUCAUCGGGGAUUACUCGUUGAUAAGAGUCUCAACAGACCUUUCUUCAUGCUUCAAGAGAAACCCUGUUGCACUUCGGAUGGAGGUGGUUUGCGACAGCGAUGGGGUUAACGCUUGUCCAGUUGGAGGGGUUGGUGUAUAUAAUCCUGGAUACUGGGGAAUGAAUAUUGAAAGAGGGAAGAGUUACAAGCUGGUUAUGUAUAUUCGUUCAUUAAGCUCAAUAAAUAUGACAGUGUCAUUGACUGGAAUGCAAACAUUGGCUACUACAGACAUUAUAGCUACUGAUGUUUCAAACUGGAAGAAGAUGGAGGUCAUAUUGGAAGCAAAAGCAACAGAUCAUAAUUCAAGACUGGAGUUGAAAAGCAGCAGAAAAGGAGUCAUAUGGUUUGAUCAAGUGUCUCUGGUACCUAUGGAUACAUAUGAGGGGCAUGGUUACAGAAAUGAUCUAUUUAAGAUGGUUGCAGAUUUGAAGCCAGGGUAUAUCAGGUUUCCAGGUGGUAGUUUUGUUACUGGAAAUUUUUUGAGAAAUGCAUAUCGUUGGAAGGAUACUGUUGGACCGUGGGAGGAGAGACCAGGACAUUUUGGUGAUGUAUGGUCUUACUGGACCGAUGACGGACUUGGGCACUUUGAACUGCUCCAGCUAGCAGAGGACUUAGAUGCAUCACCAAUAUGGGUAUUGAACAGUGGAUUCAGCCAAGAAGAGGCGGUCGAUCCCUCCAACAUUACACCUUUUGUGCAGGACGCCCUUGACGGUAUUGAGUUUGCUAGAGGUGAUCCAAAUUCGACAUGGGGGUCUGUUCGAGCUGAUAUGGGGCAUGCAGAACCAUUUAACUUGAAACAUAUUGCUAUCGGAAACCAGGAUUGCGGGAGGGGUAAUUACCGCGCAAAUUACCUCAAGUUCUAUGUUGCUAUAAAAAAAGCUUAUCCAGAUAUCAAACUAAUCUCUAACUGUGAUGGAUCAAACACACAAUUGGACCACCCGGCAGAGAUGUAUGAUUAUCACGUUUACGAAAACGCCAACACUAUGUUUUCUAUGGCUCAUAAAUUCGAUCAUACAUCACGUAUUGGUCCCAAGGCUUUUGUAAGUGAGUAUGCUGUGACCGGAAAAGAUGCAGGUUCGGGAAGUCUUUUAGCAGCACUAGCCGAAGCUGGAUUUCUGAUUGGCAUAGAGAAGAAUAGCGAUGUUGUGGAUAUGGCUAGCAAUGCUCCUUUGUUUGUGAAUGCCAACGACAAGAGGUGGAUGCCCGACGCAAUAGUGUUUGAUUCGUAUCGGAGUUAUGGAACACCAAGUUAUUGGAUGCAACGCUUUUUCUCCGUGUCAAAUGGUGCAACUCUUCUUGUUUCAACACUACAAUCCAAUUCAUCUAAUUCACUUAUGGCAUCGGCUAUUCGGUUCCAGAACCCAUUGGAUAACAACAAUUAUUUGAGAGUAAAGGUUGUAAACUAUGGGAGUAACAAAGUGAAUGUAGAGAUAGCUAUUGAAGGGUUGGAUCCUGACUUGAUAGACUAUUCAGAGUCAUCACAGACUCUGCUCUCCUCUACUAAUGUAAUGGAUGAGAAUUCCUUCCAAAAUCCAACCAAGGUUUCACCGGUUCAAACCUCAGUCAAGAAAAGCGGGAAGGAUAUAAGUGCCACACUUCCUCCAAAAUCUUUUUCUUGUUUCGAUUUGUUAUUAUUACCAGAUUUUCUCGCACAAAUUCAUUCAACAACUGAUAUGUCUUGGUUUGAUUUGUUAACAACCAAAUGAGCCUUAGAGGGCCCUCGUUUGGUUCGCCGGAAGAACAUAAAGAAAUUCCAUAGCAUAUAGAAAUUGGAAUGAUCAAUUUCAUUUAUCAAAUAUUGUUUAGCUUUUAUGUUUAUAUAUGAAAUGAAAUUGAAUU